AAUACGUACAUACGUGUAAAAUGCCCAAAAGGAAGCAGGAUAAGGAGUAUAAGCAUUUGCUUAACAAAAUUAAAAAGUUAGAACGUAAGGUCAGUCGGAAGCGUAUUAUUUCAACAUCGUCGGAAGAUGAGGACUCAGUGCAAAGAUCCUCACGUUGUUCGUCUGCGGAAAAGACUACAAACUCAGCAUUGGCGGCUUUAGGCCCACAAGACUGGCUAGCGACCCACGAUACCGUGGAGUUCGAAAAUGAUUGCCACGUUACACCCGAAUCCCCCCUCGAUGAGGUUAAUAUGGAACCUAUCCUUCAUACAGUUCAAGUUCACACGACCCCCGACGUAGUCCCAGAAACGACUGCCGAAAUAGUUCCGGAAACGACCCCCGUUGUUGCGGAACAGAUUCCGGAGGACAACGUACCAGGCCCAUCUUCAGUUCCAGAUGGUCAUCAGGAUGAAAAUAUCACAAUUACGCUAGCAAGCGAUGUGCUUGAAAUUUUGGGCGAGGACCCGUCUGCUACUAAAAAUUAUGGCCCUGACGUGCACACUGAAAUAGCAACACGUUUUCAACAUAUUGCUACAAAUGGCCUCAGCAAGGAAAUGCGUAAGGAGUUAAUGGCCAAAUAUUUAACUCCUGAAAAUUGCUGCCACAUCGCUGCACCUGCCUUGAACCCAGAAAUAAAGGCUGCAAUCCCAGAAAAUUUCGUAAAAAGAGACAAGGGUAUUGAAACAAAGCAAUCUCAGCUGGCAAGUGCGAUUGCUUGCUUGUCGGAGGUCUUGUCGUCGCAGCUGAACAGCAAAACUAAAAACAACGACAUGCUCGCUAAACUGAUGGAUAUGGGUCGACUACUCUGCACCACAGAAGCCUUUAAACCGCCGAGCUCCUGCCCCCGCGCGCAGGCCGCGAGGGCCGCCGCCGAGGAGCCGCGAGCCUGCAGCGCCGAGGGCCCCUCAUCCGCCGCCGCCGCGCUCGCCUUACUCGAGGACGUCGUCGUACCAUCAUCACCCGCCCCCGCCGCCGACCCGCAGUUGGCGACGUUAGAUACACACCAGACGAAUCCGCUCGAAGCUUACCCUGGUGGCAGGCAUCUUAUCCGGGAGUCGUUCUUACGCAGAGGCUUCCCACCAUCAGGCCUAGACAUCGCCUGCGCGUCGCUAUCAGAAAACUCCCUUAAACAGUAUGACAGUGCUAUUAAAAAAUGGUGGCUUUUUUGUAAAGAAAAAUCCAUAGAUGUCACUGAAGGCUCUGUUCCCAUUGUGAUUGAGUUUCUUACACAGAUGUUCCAUAAUGGUGUCCAAUAUGGAACACUCAACUCGUAUAAAUCAGCUAUAUCCUUAAUACUUACCCUCAGUCGGUGGAUCAAGUCCACGCUCGGCGCGAGCGGCGUGGACGUGUCGGUGUUCACCGCGCACAGCACGCGCCACGCCAGCACGUCGCGCGCGCACGCCGCGGGGUGA